UUUGGACGAUCUAGAAAUGAAGGAACCAAUUGGUGUUUCAUCACCAGCAAGUUCCACCAGCUGUGUGUUUUAAAAAGGCACACCGACUAGCCGUGGACACUCAAACAGUACUAGGGGCCAAUAGACUGGUUCGACGUCGAGAACUCAGAUGGAUUAAUUGGAAGCCACCAGAACCAGAUCACCCUUUUCUGAAGCUAAACAUAGAUGGCUCCUUAGACCAAAAUUUUGGCAUGGCAGCAGUGGGAGGGCUGCCAAGGGAUUGCGUGGGGUCUUGGAUACAAGGCUUUUCAGUUAACAUCAGCAAGGUCUCAAUUUUGUUGGCUGAAUCAUGGGGCUGUAGAAAAGGGCUAAAAUUGUGUAAAAAGUUGGGAGUUACACACUUAAUCAUUGAGAUGGACUCUCAAGUGGAUGUGAAUGCUAUCUGUUCGGGCAUAGACAUGGAUAAUCAUGCUGCAGUCCUGGUUGCUGAUAUUCGACGGUCGCUACUUGCUUUUGCCUCCUGUACUGUUCAACACAUUCUUCGUGAAGGGAACUCAGCAGCAGAUUUUUUGGCUUCGGUGGGCUACUCAUUACCAAUGGGAACUUCAAGAUUUGCGCAACCAGCAGCGAGAGUGGAAGACAUCCUGUUAGCGGAUAGGCUAGGCGUUCCUUUUAUGCGCCCUUAAUUUAAAUUGUCUCUAUGAUCCAAUGAGUCAAAAAACAUAAUAGCAUAGGCUAUGUAAAUAAUUACUGGAGAAUGCUUUAAACAAAAGGCAAUAUUGAUAAAUCUGGCAAAAAAAGGGCACAUGAAACAAUUUGGUAAGAUUUCCUUCAAUAUUGUAAACUGGAUAGUGGAUAUCAACUGUCGAACUUACCAUUCCUUUGCCAUUCCUAUAACUAUACAACAGAAUUUGCUUUUCCAUUGUCUUAGAAGAACUGAUCAUUGCAUUCAUUGCCAUAGAGCUGACUGAGCUGAGUUACAUAUACAAUUCUUAUGACUGUAACAUCAAAUCCAAUUUUAGAUUCUUAGCAGGGAAGGUCACCAUAGCGGAAAAACAAUAACAGUACAAUUUGUAUCAGGAUCCAGCCACAGUGUAAGUGGAAAUAUAUACUGAAAAGUGAAGAGGCAGGUAGUUGGUCUUCUGAGGGCAAUCUUCUAAAUAUUUUCUCUAUUUUCCGAAGCAGUAACUCAGUCGCUUUCAACUUUGUUUACCCCAAUAGAGUUCCUCCCUUAACAUAUCUGUGUACAUUUAGAUCAAACUAGAAAGUCGAAUAAAUUUCCAAGAAGAGAAGUACUACAUUCAGUCAUUAUUAUGGCCAUGAAGAAUUAGAGUUACAUUCUAGAAUAUAUCACCGUAAGAUCUAGUUUGAAAACAGGGCCCUAGAAAGAACCUAUUGUCAUGUAGGAAAAAUUGGAGAGAAGUAUGUUGCGAGUAUUUAACAGAAAAGAGAACAUAAGAAGGAUGACUCAAGCUGAUCUUAGAAAGGCAAGACUGUAUGAACUUAUUUCUUACCACCAGUUCAACUUUGAAAAGAUUAGAGCUAAACGUGUUCCAAACGAUACAGAUUUCUUCAAACAACCUAAACAAAAUACCUUAGAGAAGAUAUUAAACACAGAAUUUAACCACAGUGAACAAAUGAAUGUUUCUCAUAGCAAUCCUACAUCUGGUGUGUUUCGAACAGCAA